GUGCUGGGUGCUGGGUGUGCGCCGCCGCCCCUGGCCCCGCUAGGCGGUCUGCCCUGCACCCCCCUCGCCUGCUCAGGUGGCCCCCAGCCCUGCUUCCCUCGGCCCACUGCCUGGGGCGCGCUGCAGCGGGACUAUCACGGCCUGGCUACUGAGCCAGCCAGGCCAAGUGGUUUGGGCGCUCGAGGGUGGCGCGGCGGGGUGCGGGGUGCUGGGUGACCAGGGCGGGCAGCGGAGGAGCCCCCGGAGGACAGCAGGGGCAGGGGGCGCCCAGGUGUCAAGAGAGCACACAGUGGAAGCUGCCAUGUGUGUGGGUGUAGGUGUGCAUGUACCCAGGCAAGUGACACGUGGGAUCUGAGAGACCAUCAUGGUGGUGUUUCUGGAAGCUAAGAAUGCGCAUUCAGUCCUGAAACGGUUCCCCCGUGCCAAUGAGUUUCUGGAAGAGCUGCGCCAGGGAACCAUUGAGCGGGAGUGCAUGGAGGAGGUGUGCAGCUAUGAGGAGGUCAAGGAAGUAUUCGAGGACAAAGAAAAGACGAUGGAGUUCUGGAAGGGGUACCCCAAUGCUGUCUACUCUGUCCGAGACCCAGCACAGAGCUCUGAUGCCAUGUACGUCGUGGUGCCCCUUCUGGGGGUGGCAUUGCUGAUAGUCAUUGCCUUGUUCAUCAUCUGGAGGUGCCAGCUGCAGAAAGCCACCCGUCACCAUCCAUCAUAUGCUCAGAACCGGUACCUUGCCAACCGUGCUGGGCACAACCUGCCCCGGGUCAUGGUAUACAGGGGCACCAUGCACAGCCAGGGAGAGUCCUCUGGGCAUCAUCAUCAUCAUCAUCAUCAUCAUCAUCAUCGGGGGGAGGCAGCAAGCACCCCACAGGUAGUUCUGGGCUCCAGCCGGGCGAGCAGAACCACGGUGCGCCUAGAGAGCACCCUGUACCUCCCCGAGCUUUCCCUUUCCAGACUGUCAAGUGCCACCCCACCCCCAUCCUAUGAGGAGGUGACUGCACCCCAGGAGAAUAGCAGCAGUGAGGAGGCAAGUGUCACUUACAGUGACCCACCCCCAAAGUAUGAGGAGAUAGUUGCUGCCAACCCUGGCUCCGACAAGUAGUGGGAACAACCCUGGUGUUGUGUCAGGUGUGAGACCCCCUUUUAGGGGAUUCCUAUUUUCUUUUAAGCCUUUGAAAGACUGUGCCACCACAAAACAGCCUUAGCCUCCUUGUUGCCAAAUAAUUUCCUAACCGUGGAUUUGUAGGAAGUCAGUGGUCAGAGGUGGAUGGGAUGGGGUAGGGGAUAUGCAUGUGUCACCAGCCCUAGCCAGGGUCACAAGGCAGAGAGAUCAGUUCUUUCAGAAGCCCCCACAACACCCCACUUUACUACCCCAUCCUUCCCCCAGGACUGGUUUAUCCUAUGCCAAAGGAAUCUCCCCACUUGCUGAUGGCAACCAAGAUGGCCAUGAGCGCCUGGGCCAGCUGUCUUGGGAGGUGUCUAUGUAUGUGUGUGUGUGUGUGUGUGGGGGGGGGGGGCUUGCUCCAGAGGUUAGGAGAAAAACUCACCCACAAUGUCUCUUUCCCACCACAGUCCCUUCCUUUCUGUUCUUGCUUACAUUUGGAGGACAGGGGCAAGAACUGCACAAAACAAACAGUGACACACCAGUGAUAAGUAAACACAGUAAGACAAACUACUAUAACUUGGUCCUUCAUUGGGACACCAGUCACCCGGACCUGCGGGGUCCUGCAGGCCCCAUUCUACUCCCACAUCCUUGACCUAAGUCAAAUAAAUUUCUAGAAUACUCCAGAAAGAGGACAGGGUGUGUGGAGGAUGAGAGGUGGGACCUGAGGGUCACUAAGGGACCCAAGGGCACUUUGUCAUUUUGGAGAGUAUUUCUUGUCAGGAGCUUGAAUUGAUUCCAGACCUUGGCUCUCCACACAUGUCCCCUGUCCCCUGCCCAUGGAGUCCUGAGUUUCCCAGUGGUUGGGGGUGCAGGCUAGGUUAGAGGCCUCAAGCCCCCACCCCUUGAGCUUCAUUGGCUGAAAGGAAUUUUAACUCCACAAACACAACCUCCUCUGCUGUGUGCUCUCCCACUUUGAACUGUGAGGACACACCCCUAUUUGUGAGUAGAUACAUUGAGUUAUAAGUCAGAUGACUGAAUUAUCCCCAAAGGGGGUGCCAACCUGGGGAUAAAAGCCUAAAGAAACUUUUUUUUUUAAUUUUAGGAAUUUCUUUGAGGGGCCGAUGGGGAGUCCAUGGGCCAGGGCACAAGGCCCUUCAAAGGCCUCACCCUGCUUUUUUUUUUUUUUUUUCGGGUGCUGGCCUCUUUUUACAGUAAGCCCUGCCUGUGACAGGGGCCUGCUCACCUCAUUCUUGAGAGUCUUCAGACAGUGGUGGGGCACAGAUGACUUGCCCUUCAACUGUCAGUGACCGUGCAGCAGACACUGUUCACACGAUUUCCUCUACCCCUUCAUGUCCAUCUGCCUGGCCUCGAUGCCAAACCAUUUGUCCUCUGUGGUGCUUUAAAAAAUGUAGCACAUUUUUGUGGAGCCUAAAAGAGUGCAUAUCCAGGGUCUAUUGGCAGCCACAGCAGUUUAAAGCCCACGAGAGGACAAGCCUCUCUCUGCCUCCGCCGCUCUCCUGGCUGGCACAGGGCCUCGGUCUUUGAACACCGCCCUGCCUCGAGGUGACAGACAACGUCUGAAGGCCUCCUCAGCCCUGGGGACCUGGCCUUGGAGCUGUUUCAAGACUGGAGGCUGGUGUUCUCCUCCCAGUGAGCCCAUCAGCUUGGACCACUCAGCCCUAAGGCAGGGGUUUCCCUCCUUCCCCCUACCUCACAGGCCCACUCAGGCUGACUGAGCUUCAAGUACCAAGGAGCUAUUGUGCUUUGCCCAUAGGAAUAACUUUCUGGAAAUGUGUGGGUUCCAGAAAGGUAGUCAUGCAACUCGGAUGUGGCACCUCAACCUGGGGAGUCAGUCUCCCUCUGGCUCCUUCCUCUUGUCCAUCCCCUAGAUCCCCAAUGCCAGAGGUGCUGAGCAGGUGACAGCCACCUUCCUUCCUCCCUCCAGUGUCUGCCCCCAGUAGGCCUUUCCCAUCACAACUCUGCCCUUUCCAGAAUUCUGUUCUUCUCCUAAUGUUGGCUGGGUCCUCCCAUGUUGGGGGAUCUGCAACCAGCCUCUGCACCCUCAGUUUUGCCUCCAGAAGGCCCUGUGUGGUGUGCAAGCCUGGGAGAGGUCCCCUCCCCACCGAGCAGAAAAGUAGGUGUGGGCUUCACAAGCCAGAGUCCCAGGGCCUUUGCCAAGGGUCACUUACUGCCUGAGUAGAGAUAGACUGAGGGGAGCAGGGGCCUAGGCCAGGGAGGCAUCCAAGUCCCUGGGGGUCCAGUGCUCAGCCUGCAGGAGCUCAGGGCAGUGCCUUCAGGCCUGUGCGCUGUAGUCAGGGUGCUCGGUGGCGUUCUUCCUGCCAGGGCCGCCACUGUGGUCUCGGGGACAUCUGUGCAGCACAGGGUAGGGCAAAGACUGUACAGCACACCAUGGUCAUAAUUCUUUGUGGUGCACACUUGGCUUUGAUGAAUGCCCUGUACAUACCUUUUCAAACUUUGUCUUUGUAUGAAUGCUGAUUUGAUACAAUGCUAAGUCUUCAGCUGCCGCUUUUGUUGUUUUAAAUUCUUGUGUGUGCGUAUGUGUGUGUAGACACGUGUGCACAUUGCCUUUUCUCACAUGCUUCUCUGAAACAAUAGCCGGUUGUGUGGCUAUAUUUGUACCAGGAGGGCUCCAGUCAGCAGGGAGAAAUGUCACUUCCCAUGGCUGGAGAGCCUGGUGGCAGGGUCUUGAGCAGGGAGAGUGGACAUUAACUGCGGAGAUCUGCCAAAGCACCAUCAAUAAGAAGUUGAAGUAGCCCAUCCUGUGGGGGUUCAGCCCUCAUCCCUUCUCUUUCCUGCCCCAGGUGUAGGCUCCUUGCCCUCUGCUCUGAAAUCAACAACUGAAGAUAAUCCCAGAAUUUCUGGACCUUUUGCUUUUUUUGUGAGAUUGGAUUUCAUGGAGAGAUGUGUGAUUAUUUACUUUGGGAAUGGCUGGGAUACUUACGUAGAUCAUUGUCAUUUUAAAAAAAUAGAAAAAUUCUUUAAAAAUCCCUUCAAAUAGUACUGUUACCUGUUUUCAACCAAAAAUUUUUUAAAACUUUUGAAAUCAAGAAUUGCAAGCUUGCCUCCUUUAGUUCCACCCCCACUCUGAGCAUUGGAUUUCCCAAAGAGAACCUCCAGCCAUGAGGGGAGCACACAGGUGCAUGACGCAGGCCCCUGGUCAUCUGCCAGGGAAGUCCCUUUUCCUUGUGAACUCCACUGCCAUUAGUGUGAAUUCCUUAGGGUGCUUUGGUUAACAGGAAUAUGUUUGAUUUUCUGGAUGACAUCUUCCUGGCAGCUCAAAUAUGAGGGACCAAGGAUAAGAAAGUGUCCUUUUGUGACAGAGUGGCUUCUUAGUGCUGUAUGGGUCCUCUCUAGAUGGGGUUGGUCUUUUGACAACUGAAAGACAUCCCACUAAAGAGAAAAGAAAACCACUGUCUCUAGGUUCUUCUUUGGGACCAGAAAGAGACAGACUUUCAAGAGAGACUCCAUUAUUCACCCCUGCUCUUUCCUCCUUGGGUAUUCAUGUGUGCUCGCUUACCUUCAAGUUCUAAGCUGAGGUGGGCAGCUGGGCUAUGGCUCUGGGCUGCUUUGCAGUUUGAAAAGGAAUGAAGUGUUGUGUCAGGACCACAGCAAUUCAGGAACAAGCAAACAUACAUGCACACACACACCCUAACUUGACUAAUACUUGUCAGCAGAAUGAGCGAACAGCAAAGGACUGUCAUCAGACUGCCUCUAGCUGUGGUACAAUGCCCAUGGAGGUCAAGCCCACUACUAAUGCAGACCUUGAGGAAGUUGAAGCUUCACAAAACUCAUGGAUUUUGUGAUCCUUGCUCUGUAGAAGUCGUUGUCAUCAUCUUCCCUUCAGUCAGGUUUCAGGGUCAGAUGCCCAAGAGGAAUCCAGUUUAAAGGAGUACAUUUCUUCAAGGAAAAGGCUUCAGAUGUUCAGGAUCCCUUCACUGUGCCUUCAGCUUUAGGGUCUCAACACUUGUGUCACAUCAGGUGUUCUGAAUAGAAUGGUGUUUGUCUUCUCUCCACUGUGGGGUUUGGGUGGGGGAGGGCGGUCUGCAGCAUUUCUACUGCGCUAUUAUAUCCCCAGUGAAUCAUGUAGUUUGUGAGCUAGACUGCAAUAUGAAGUACUAUAACUGAACCUUCCCAGCUCUUUUGUCAAGUUGAGGUCUUGUUAUCAGGCUGGCUGGUCCCAUUCUCCCACCCCCGCUAAUAUUUCUGUGUGUAGAGAUUCUCCUUUCACAGGCUGUAGGCGGUGAGUCUCACCUGAGCAAGAACAGACAGAGAUAUCCAAACUGCACACCCCCUCGGGCAGAAAGCCCGAGCAGUUGUUCCACGUGACUUGUGUGACUGAAUGGUGCCUGCCUCAGCAUUCACGCACAUCUUCAGGAUUGGAACAAAUCCCACAGCUACUUUGGCCUCCCAAUCUGUCUCCCUUUGUGGAAGUCCUUUGCUUAAGCCUGGACACGCCUGCUCUUUCACUCUGUGAUUGUGACUUUGUGAUAUGAUGACUGUAACAUCAACUCCUUUUGGUACCACUUUCAACUGUGCUUGUGCUCCUGUGUUGACUUGUGUGAGCUGGGCACUCAGCACUACACCGGAGCCCAGGGCAGCCGGCAUCCUUGCUUCUGGUUUCUCUCUUCCUCCUUUUCUAAUUGUUGAGUUUCGCUGUUCAAUUUUGUCUCUUUCUGUACACGAAGAUAAUGGAUAAUAAUAAAGAUCAAAUGACAUUCA